UCAAUAUAGAUUUAUGAUGUGCUUCAAUCGAGAAUUCUAAAAUGGAGAAAUCUCUAUGCAGCUAAAAAGAAUCUUUUAACCUAAAGGAUUUUUUUAAUCUGGUCCACAUACACGUGAUCAAUGCAACAAAUUUAGAAAAAUAAAUGAAAGGAAGAUAGUGAGAUUCAAAUGCGUUUUCUACCUAUAUUAAUGAAUGCGCUUAAUUAAUAUCUUCAUACAUAUAAUAGAACAGGCAAUCGCAAUUAGAGACAUGAUAAAUUCUCCGUCUCCGCAAAGAAAAAAAAAGAAAAAAUAGAAUGGACCAAAUUGAAACAUCAAAGAAUCCAUAAGCUUUUUCUCUAAUAAUAUUUAUUGAAAGCAGUGUAAUAUUAAACCAAAUAAUAUAGGUGCUGGAUACAUCACAGAUCUUUUAAGGUGCCUUCUCUCUGUUUGUUGCGGUAAAAAAAGAUUAAAACUAAUAAAUCAUAGACUGCUCAGUUAUAAUCAGUCUAUAAAGAUAACUUUAUUUUCUGUAGCACUACAAGUCGUAGCGCGUAAUCUUUCUGAGUGCUACCAUUAUUUAAUAUUUAAGACAUGAUUGAUAUACGAUACAUUUUUGAUGACUUUGUUUCUCGAACAGUUUUCAAAUUCGACGAACGAAAAACAUAUUUGUGUCGGACAAACGCGAAUAUGAUAACGAGAACAAAUGUUUAAUAUGCCUUUAUAGGAGCACAUAUAUAAAAUAUAAUCUAAGAUCUUGUGUAAAUAAUUGUAAAGAAAAAAAAAAGGAAAAAGUAUCGAUGUGUCUUUCAUCGUAGAUUGAUAAAAUAUUGAACGAUUCUAUAUUGAUUCGUUCGAAAAUAAUUUGAGAAACAAAGACCCGCAUAGUGAAGUUAUGUUCCAGAAUACAUGAAAAGAGUGAUUCAAUCAAAAUUGUUGAUUGUUAGCAAAAUGUUGGCCCUUGGAAGAUUUUUUAUCAAACAACGAUUUAUCAGAAAUUAUGCAUCUGGAAAGAAACUAUUAGAAAUAGCAGAAGAUCAAAAUACAGGAAUACAUAUAAUAUCUAUGGCACGACCUCCAGUUAAUAGCUUAAACCUGGAGUUAUUAGAAGAAUUGAAAACAUCUUUGAUAGAAACCCAGAAAAGCAAUUGUAAAGGCAUUGUUCUGACUUCAUCACUAUCAACAGUUUUCUCAGCAGGCUUAGACAUUAUGGAACUUUAUAAGCCAGAUAUUGAGAGAUUGACUGCUUAUUGGCGUACUUUGCAAGAUACAUGGAUGACUUUAUAUGGCUUAGAAAUACCAAUUGCUGCUGCAAUUAAUGGUGCUAGUCCUGCCGGUGGAUGUUUACUAGCCAUUUCUUGUGAAUACAGAGUUUUUGUUGAGGGGAAACAUACCAUAGGCUUAAAUGAGACACAAUUAGGUAUUGCAGCUCCACAGUGGUUUAUAGAUCUAUUUGUUAAUACCAUUGGUUAUAGACAUGCCGAAUUAGCUUUGUUGAGGGGCACACUUUUUUAUCCUAAUGAAGCAUUAAAUAUUGGACUUGUAGAUGAAUUGGCAAAUGACAAAGCAGAAGCCAUUAAAAAAUGCCAAAAGUAUAUAUCUUCUUAUGACAGAAUACUUAAACAAGCUAGAAAUAUAACAAAGUUAAAACUUCGUGAAAAGUUAAUUUCCUGGCUACAAGAACAUCGAGAGAUUGAAUUAAAUAAUAUUAAACAAUUUAUUCAAUUAGCAAAUAUUCAAAAAAGUCUUCAUGCAUACAUUGAAACAUUGAAACAAAAAUAAAAACAAAAUUAAAUAUUUUUUAUGUUACUAUGCAACAUUUAUUAUAAUUAAUAUUUAUAAAUAUUAUAAAUAAUAUUUAUAUAUUAUAUAUAAAUGAUAUUAAAAUAUGAUAUUAUUAAGAAUCUUUUAUUAUAAAUAUAAGUAUUUAUAAUAAAUAUAAGUAUUUUCUACUUGAACAUACUGUUUGAAUGAAA